AUGUAUCCGAAUGGAUCUGUCCUUUCAGUGGUCUUGACUUUGCACUCUUUGGAACUCUCUCAGAUGAGCAUUUAUCCUGCAUUCAUAUUUGGAACAGUGGCAUAUUUGAUUAUCUUACUCUGCAAUUUAACAAUUGUUCUCACCAUUUGUGAAAACAGGAAUCUUCAUAAACCAAUGUUCAUACUGUUACUUAACCUGCCUAUCAGUGAUGCAAUGGGUGCUACAAGCCUUUUUCCUCAGCUGCUGUAUAGUAUAUGGUCUCAGGACAGAUCAAUAUCCUACCCUGCAUGUUUGCUUCAAGGCUUUAUUAUACACUUGUAUGGUGGUGCCUCUCACGUAAUUCUUACUGCUAUGGCAUUUGACAGGUAUAUCGCUAUCUGCUUCCCAUUGAGAUAUGGAGCCAUUAUGACUACCAAUAACCUAGUGAGUAUCAUAAGUGUGAUGUGGCUAUUUAAUUUUAUUAUUAUAUUUGUACUUUUCUGUCUUCUAAUGCCUUACAAGAUUUGCCAGACAUACAUGUCAGAUCUUGUCUGUUAUAACCCAUCUUUAAUGAAAAUCAUGUGUGAAGACACAACAGUAAACAAUAUCUAUGGACUGUUUAUUUUAAAUUUAUACCACUGCAUUUCACUUUCUGUGGUGGCAUUUACAUAUAUUCAUAUAUUAAUCACUUGUGUUACUAAUAAGCAGUCUGAUGCAAAGAUUAAGGCACUUCAGACAUGUGGUACUCAUUUAGUGGUCUUCCUGUUCUUGGAGUUCAACACUUUUUUUCCUCUUAUCGCACAUCGAACUGAGAGUGUUCCAGCUCACAUACGCAGGGCGUUUUCUAUAUCUGUUCUUGUGUUUCCUCCCAUUGUGAAUCCACUUAUUUAUGGGUUUAAAACUAAGGAAAUCAGACAGAAAAUUGUCACCUGUUUAAAGAGAAAGAGAAACAGUCACAUGUAA